GGGUGGACCUAUAGCUUUGGCUAGAAAUCAGAUUGGAUUAAGUCAGGACGUCCUAUGCUUCCCAGAGGAUGAUAAAGAUCCGUAUGUAGGGCCGGACUCCUUGGGCUUUUCCCUGGGGCAGGGGCAGCCUUGAUCCUCAUCAUGGAGACUUCAAAUGAGGUAAGUACCUUAAAAACAAUGCUCACUUUCCUCAAGAUCUGUCCAUAUCUCACCUCCUGGUCAUCAGAGUCUUAUCUAAGAUAAAACCUCAGUAAAUCUGACUGUGAAAAUGCAGAACCUAAGAGACGGGAGAGAUUGUACACAAAGAAGCAGCAGGACAGCCUGACACAUGCCAGCAGGAAGUGGGGGAGUUUGUGUAGGAGUAGGUGCUGGACCCUUUGUAUGAGUGAGGAGAAUUUCCUAGAACUCCCCCACUACUCUGUAUUAUUUUGUUUCAGAUCUGAAAGCCUAGAGUUACUGUUUACUUGCUCCUUCUUAAACCAAGCACCAGGAAGGGGAGUGAAUUUACCAUUAUUGACCUAGUCUGAAAAGUAAUCACCCCUGUGUAAGAAGAGUUCUAAUUACUCUCUGAAACAUAUGAAAGCGAUGAGCAGGAAUGGGGAGAGAUGGAUAUUUGACCACACUGAAUUUUCUUUAACUUUAAAAAAAGUGCUAUUUAAAAAUCACUGAAGGUGUAUUGUAUGGAGUCAUUUCUUGGCAGGGGCAGGGCAGUUAAGAAAAGUUAUUAAGCACCUAUUGUAUGCUGGGGGCUCUUAUUAUGUUAGUUUAUUUAAUCGUCAUAACAAACUCUAUGGAAUACGUUAACAUAUAAGCAACUAAGUGCGGCAGAUUAGGUAAAGAUGGUCACAACUGUAUUUCCUAUCCCACAUAUAUAUUUUUUUACAAUCUUAUUUUGAUACUUUUCACAUUAAAAGGUGGGCUCUUCUUCUCCUUCCCUUUAAACUGGGUGGACUUUUGUGACUGUUUUGACCAACAGAAUAUAAGGAAGCAAAACAAGGAAUGUGAUUUCUGAGGUAGGUCAUAAAAGACAAUGCAACCUCCAUCUUAUUUACUAGAAUGCUUGCUCUUAGAACCUUCAGCCACCAUGUGAAUAGUUUGACUGCUCUGAGACCACCAUGCUGUGAGGAAGCCCAGCUAUCCUAUGCAGAGACCACAUGGACAAGCUCUGAGACUACAUGAAGGGAAUGAGAUGUCUAGCCAGUCCCAAGAUGUUCCAUUCUCUUGCUGUUCCAGCUUCAGCCAUCAUCUGACUGUAAUCACUCAAGAGAGCUUGAACCAGAACUGCCCAGCCAAGCCUUUCUUGAAUUUCUGACCCAAAGAAAUCAUAAGAUGUUAGAAGAUGAUUAUCGUUUAAGCCACUAAAUUUUAGGGUGAGUUGGUUUGGAGUAACAGAUAACAAGAACAGAUGUUGCUAUUUGGAAAUGGAGUGCUGUCAUAAGAAAGCCGUAAAACACGGACUGGAUGGUGGGUAGACUUGAGGAGAUGUUAUUAAAAUAUUGAGGGAUCACAAGGGUCAUGUUAGCAGUUGCUAAAAGGGCUUCACGUAGUCUAUUCAAGUAGUCCCUUCCUCCUAACACCACCAGGGUAACUGUCCCCACCACCGAGAGAGGUCCCUCCUCUCCCAUGCCCACUGAGGUGACCAUCUCCACCACAGAGACAGGUCCCUCAUCUCCUCGGAUUAUUCAUAGUGUCUCUACUACUGAGACAUCUCUCACCUCCCUCAGGACCACUGAGAAAGUCACUGUCCCCACUACUGAGACAGGUCCUUCCCCUCCCAUGAAAACUCGUAGUGUCUCCACCACUCAGACACCUUUCACCUCCCUCAUCACCACUGAGAAGGUCACUGUCCCCACCACCGAGACAGCUCCCUCCUCCUCUGGGCCUACUCCCAGUGUCUCCAGCACUCAGACAUCUCUCACUUCCUUCAGGAGCACUGAGAGGGUCACUUUCCCCACCAGCCAGUCAAAUCCCAUCUCUCCUAGCACCACCAAGGUAACUGUCCCCACCACCGAGACAGGUCCCUCCUCCCCUGGGCCUACUCCCAGUGUCCUCACCACUCAGACAUCUCUCACUUCCUUCAGGAGCACUGAGAGGGUCACUUUCCCCACCAGCCAGUCAAGUCCUUUCUCCCCCAGCACCACCGAGUUAACUGUCACCACCACUGAGACAUGUCCCUCCUCCCACACGACAACUUCAAGUAGUGUAUUGGUGAGAGAUUGGAGGAGAGUGAGAAAAUGUUAUUGGAACCUGGAAGAUAAAAAGACCAUUGUUACGGAAGAGAAGAGAGUUUAUCAACACUGUUUUCUGCAGCUAUAUGGAAAAGAGAAAAUGUAACUGAUGAACUCAGUGAUCCGGCUAAUAAGAUUUCCAGGCAGAGCACUGACGGUGCCACCUUACUUCAUCUCACUGCCUAUUACAAAAUACUAAGAGAGAUGAAUAAAUGUUGUUAUUUAUGAUGAUGUUAAAAUGAUUUAUGAUGAUGUUAUUUAUGAUGAUAUUAUGAUGAUGUUAAAAAAGAAACAGUUUAGUUUUCAGGCAUAAUUUAGAGGAAACAUAAAGGAUUAAGGACUUGCUGGAUUUGAAAUAAAAUUUUUUUAUUCCUGGCCUCUCUACAUGAUGAAAGAUUUUCAGAAUAAGAAAGAUCAUCAGGCCGGAGAUUAAAUCCAGAGAACUGUCAGAAAAUCAUGGUCCAAAGAUAAGGCAAAUUGUGUGUGUUUUAAGAUCCUUUCUCAAGAUAAAUGAGAUGUGCUUCCUAGCUUCAAAAAGCUUGGAGUCUAUUGUAGAUUUUAGUGGAGGAGACAGACAAAUAAGCAAAUACAUACAAUUCAGUGUGAUAAGAGCCCCAAUUAAAGAAACAUGGGGUGCUAUAGAGCUUAUAAUGGGGCCACUUUACCCUGACUUGGAAAAGAGAAGACAUUAAGCUAAGGCUUUCCAGGGCAG